CUCCCCCCUCCUGCUCCUUCUCCUCCUCCUCCCCGGUGCGGUGUGUGAUGGUGCAUCCCCUCCUCUCGGCCCUGGAGACAUGCCUGUGCAGGAGAUGGCGGUGAGUCCUGUCAAGUCCCUGUACUGGGAGAAGUUCCCCCCCAUGUCGCAGCGCCGUGUCUACUGCACCCCCGUCUACCACGAAGGCCUGCUCUAUGUGCUGGGAGGCUGCAGCGAGACUGGCAUGCCCCUGGACAGCGUUGAGGUCCUGGAUGUAGAGAGCCAGACGUGGAGCCAGCUGCCGGCACUUCCCACGGCACGGGCGGGGGCCUCGGCUGUGGCGCUGGGGGGCCAGGUGAUGGUGCUUGGGGGCAUGAAUCAGCAGCAGACCCCGCUCGCCUCCAUGGAGAUGUACCACCCUGACGAGGGCAAAUGGGAGACGAGGGCCAGCCUGGGGCAGCCAUCCAUGGGAGUCACCACAAUGGAGAAAGAUGGGAAGGUGUAUGCAUUCGGAGGUAUGGGAGUCGACACAACACCACAGGCUUUGGUGAGGGUUUAUGAGGCAGAGAAGGACCAAUGGCAGCCAUUGACCUCCAUGCCAACGCCGCGGUACGGAGCCACGCCCUUCAUAAGAGGAAACAAAAUCUACAUGAUGGGUGGUCGUCAAGGAAAGAUGCCAGUGACGGCGCUGGAGGCUUUCGACCUGGAGAUGAAGAGCUGGACACGUUACCCCUGCAUCCCAAGCCGGAGAGCCUUUUCCUGCUGCGCCACAAAUGAGCGUAGCCUCUUCAGCCUGGGGGGCCUCCAGCAACCGGGGCCGCAUAACUUCUACUCCAGACCUCACUUCGUCAGCACCAUGGAGGAGUAUGACCUAGAUCAAGGUAUCUGGAUCAAACCCAGCCGAACAUCCAGGAUGAGGGAGAAGAGGGCUGACUUUGUGGCAGGCUGCCUGGGAGGAAGAGUAAUCGCGGCUGGUGGUCUAGGUAAUGAGCCAGCGCCUCUUGGCACGGUGGAGAGCUACAACCCGGUGAAGCGCCGCUGGGAGUACGUCGCACCCAUGCCCACGGCACGCUGCUCCUCUGCCCUGCUGCAGACAACCAGCAUGCUCUUUGUCAUUGGCGGAGUCGCCCAGGGACCCAGUGAUGCUGUGGAAGCCCUGUGCUUACCAGAAACAGUGUGA